UCUACCAGUUCCCCAUGUUUGUCCACAACUCUUUCAACGAUGGCAUUUGGCUUUUCGGCCCAGCGGCCUGUGAGCUUUACGCCUGUUUGGGAAGCAUUUUCGGAGCUACUAGCAUCUGUACGAUGGCUGUUAUCGCAUACGAUCGAUACAACGUCAUUGUCAAGGGCAUGGCCGGAACUAAAAUGACAUCCAAACGGGAAGCUACCCUGAUUGCUUGCUGCUGGAUUUACGCCACUGGGUGGUCCAUCACACCAUACUUCGGUUUCGGUCGUUACAUCCCGGAAGGAAUUUUGGACUCCUGUUCUUUCGAUUACCUUACUCGAGAUGAACAGGUAAAAUCGUUCCUUAUUUUUGUAUCCAUGCAUGUUUUUGUCCAUGCAUAUUUUUGUAUCCUGCAUCCCGUUGGCUACUGUUACUACUUCAUCGUGACAACCAUCUUUGAUCACGAGAAAACCCUUCGUGAACAGGCGAAGAAGAUGAACGUUACCUCACUUCGAUCCAACGCUGAUAGUAACGCAGCUUCCGCUGAAAUAAAGAUCGCCAAGGUCGCCCUUUGCAACAUCGCUUUGUGGGCGGCAAUGUGGACUCCUUAUGCCUCAAUCGUCCUAAAGGGGCUUAUCGGAGACCAAUCUACUAUCACGCCGUUAGUUACAAUUUUGCCGGCCUUGAUUGCCAAAUCAGCAUCCAUCUGCAAUCCAGUUGUAUAUGCCAUUUCUCACCCGAAAUUCCGAUUGGCAUUGCAAGAGAAAUACCCGUGGUUCUGCAUCAACGAGCCAGUCAAAUCAGACAACGAGUCCAUCUGCUCCACCAAGACCGGAGCAUCCAGCUGCAGUACUACUGAAUCUACAUAAAGAAAAACUUAUUAAAGCAUCAUCUUAAAUGCUCGGAACUUACCCUGACGACCCCAUUUAAAAACGGAACUCUCGAUCAUGAUAAUGACAUAUGUUUAAAUAGUCAUUUGUUUUCUGACCAUAAUUCAGUUGCUUUGAAUCCUCAGUUUGUUUCAGCCAUGGUGCAAUGAAAAAAGUUAAGCUCGGGCAAAUAUACAUGCAUUCAAGGUUA